CCCAGAGAGGAUCCGCUGGGACAUAAACGCCUGCAUGUGAAGCCAGGCCUUGGGCCACCUUGCUCCUCAAAGGAGUACCUACGUCCAUGGGGUCUUCAAAGGGACUAUGGAAAGAGAGGCCUUCAGCCCACAUCUCUGAAUGCUUUUCCACCACAGCAUGCCCUGUGGCCUUUAUCCUGCUGGUGUGGAACAGUCAGACCCCUGCAGGGCUGCAGAGCCUCUGUACCGGGCGGCAUCCCAGCCUGAGUGCCAGAGCUCAGUGGGCAGGCCCCCAAGCAAGUAGAGAGGAGGCCACCUUUUGGACAGAAUGUGUGGGACGAGAGCGACGGCUCAUCCAUUCAGGUUCCUCACAAAAUGAGAGUCAGGAAGAUCAGGGCGCAGACCUGAUUUUCCACUCAGGGCUGAAAGCAGACAAACCGAGGGAGAGCAGCACCUGGGCCAAUGAGGUAGAAGACAGAAGACUACGUACUCCUGCCCUCAACCUCAGCCCCUCCCACCCACAUCCUCCAAGCCCCCUGACCACCUUCCUCAGAAGUGUAAUAGGAAUCCAGAUUCCCCCUGUCCUGGUUGCUGCGGGAGGUACAGUGGCCUGAUGGAGCCCGAGGCAGGUGUGGCAA